UACCAGCUAAAAAUGAACUCCUUCGCUUUCUUGUUACUCUGCGCCCAGGCUUGCCUUAUCCAGGCGGUUUACACCAAGUGCGGUCUUGAUUACGCUCCCGCAGUCGUUGAAGCUGAAGCCGCUGCCGCUGCGGCUAACGCUGCCGCUGCAGCCAACGCUGCCGCCGCUGCCAACGCUGCUGCUGCCAACGCUGCAGCCAGAGAUGCUCGUUGGGGCUCUGCCUGGGCUGGCCCUGCUGCAUACGCUCCCGCACCGUACAGCGGCCAUGGCGCCGGUAACGUGGCAGUAGCGGGCGAACUGGGGGUAGCCGGCUCCACACUGGUCGCUGGCCAGGUUCCAGUGCUCGGUGCUGUCAAGUUCAACGGACAAGUGCCAGCAUCUGGCGCUGUCACCAUCUCCGGAUCAUGCGGAUGCGGAUGCGAAUACUAAGAUCGUAAACGACAAUGAUGUACUACAAAAUAUAGUUCGAAAAUUGGCAUUUUAUUUUUAUUUCGUUUGUCCUACUAUUGGGAGUCCAUACCA